AUGACCGAAUACGACUACUCUCCAGAGGGGCAACGACGUUACCAGGCCACGCAGCGACGGAUAGCUAACUGGGUCAACCAGACAGCAAGCACUCCAUCGCUGAAGUCGCCGUUCACCCCGCGUUCUGUUGUCUCCUCCUCUGGUCGUACGCAAUCACAUCCACUGGCACCAGCAACAAAGGUCCAUUCGUCAAGUGGGACAGCAUCUCACCGCAAGGACAAUGCCAGUGUUACUACACCACCACCACCACCACCACCACCACCUACGGUCUAUCCCUCCGACUCGAUUUCGCAAGUCAGCUCUCGUCGCUCGUCUCACAGCUCGCGUUCCUCGCGAAGUCAUAAGUCAGCUGGUCGUUCUCGCCACACUAGCAGCAAAACCCACUAUUCCAAACCCUACAUCGCAACAGAACAGAAUGUACGGCCCUCGGCGGAUGGCCGGAGUUACAUCAUUUCGCCUCCCCCUUCCCCGCCGGGUCGCUCGCACGGCAUGAUUAUCUUCCCCCAGGCUGGGCGAGCGCCUCAUGUUGUGUUUUAUUAA